GUUCAAACCGAUCGUAUAAGUAGGAAAACAUAUAGGUUCUGGCCAUACUAAGUAUUGUCAAUUUCUGUGAAAUAGAUUCUAUAUUAAUGGGGUAUUGUAUUACAUAAUGGAAUGCGGAAAUACCAAACGUGUUACCGGGUUUAAUAAUGAGUCAAGGACUUCGAGUUCGACAAAGGUUCUACGACAUCUUGGAGAUGAAAGCUUUGUGCAGUCUAAAUUCUGCAGACAAAGAACCAUAAGAACAUAUAUCUGGAUAUACAUUGUAACCGUUAUGUCUAAAAUUCUUCAUUUCCAAAAAGUGAGCCAAAUCAGAAUGUUAGUUAUAGCAUGGAACAAGGAGAAAAUCAAACAACUUCACCAACUUUCUCGAUGCCAAAACCUGAAAAUGUAUCCGCUGCUUUUGAAAGCAUCAAAGACAAUGCCACUUUCCAGUUGGGUGGAAUUAGAGAUGGUAUCUCUGCUCAGAUGUUACAACAGCUGACACCAGAACAACAGCAAAUGUUGAUAGCAGAAGCUGUAUCUAAAGCAAUGGUGUCCAAUACAGAAAAUAUGAAAGACAAUGGCAAUUUUCAGCUAUUGGUCAGCAGGGAACAAUCAGAACUACUUCUACAGCAGGCUGCAUCACAGAUCUCGCCUCAGUAUACAGAUGCCGAGAUGGUGUCUAAAGCUAGUGAUCUUAAAGAGAGUAUCUCCCAUCAGCAGUCUGGUACCGGUGACCAGUCCGGUCAGUUACAUAUACAGUUACCUUCACCAACAACUGGUUUCAGUUUAAAGAAUGAUGUCAAAAGUUUUGUGGAUAGUAGUAGCCCACGUAAACCACAUGAAAAUAUGAAAGCACAAAUAGAAGUUAUACCAUGUAAAGUCUGUGGAGAUAAGUCAUCAGGAGUCCAUUAUGGUGUUAUUACAUGUGAAGGUUGCAAGGGUUUCUUCAGGAGAAGUCAGGCAGGACCUGUCAAUUAUCAGUGUCCAAGGAAUAGAAACUGUGUGAUAGACAGAGUAAACAGAAAUAGAUGUCAAUUCUGUAGGCUACAGAAAUGUCUAGCGCUUGGCAUGUCAAGAGAUGCUGUGAAGUUUGGUAGAAUGUCAAAGAAACAACGAGAGAAGGUAGAGGACGAGGCAAACUAUGUUAAACAGAAUAGACUUAACGGGUUCGAUCAAACAUCACCGACAGGCAUGGUAUCACCAAAUAACAACAGUCAAUUUACUUCUCCAGCGUUUCCAGAGCAACAGAAUUUUGUAUAUACAUCUAAUGGUUAUACCUAUGCAUUACAAUCUCCAAUGUCGCCCGAGACUCCAGUCUCGCCCGGUGAUCCUCCUGCCUACCCAACUACACCUACAACAGCACCACACCCGGUUGCUUUGCUCAGGGCCAUAGAUUUGAUGGAUUCAAGUACAUUCAGCAAGGCUGUAUUAGAUGCCCAUCUCAGAACAUGUUUAUACAGUGCUGAUCAGAUAGACCUUCUGAAAUCCAACCUGCCCUCAACAGAAACAAUCAACACAUAUAAAAAUAUGAGCCAUAAACAGCUAUGGAUGGAGGUAGCAGAGAAAAUCACUAUUGCUGUACAACAGAUUAUAGAAUUUGCUAAAAUGAUUCCAGGUUUUAUGGACUUAUCUCAGGAUGAUCAAAUUAUGCUCUUAAAAGCUGGUAGUUUUGAGCUUGCAUUGAUCCGGUGCUGUAGGGUAUAUGAUUCCUCCAAGAAUAGUGUUGUGUUUGGUAAUACUAUAUUACCAUUAGAAGUGUUCGAUGCAUUUAAUGAUGAAGAAACACAUUUACGAGACAGUAUUUUCGAGUUGGUGAAAACUUUAUUAGCUUUCAAUUUAAAUGAAUCAGAAAUUGCAUUGUACAGUGCUUUAAUAUUAAUCAGACCAGAUCGACCUGGUCUAAAGGAGUUAGUGGAUAUUCAGAAAUUAUAUGAGAAAAUUUUGUCUUCCCUGAAAGGAGAGAUCGUCAAAACACAUGCAGACAAUCAGGAUGUUCUGAACAAACUAAUGCAAAUUGCAUGGACCCUUCGCAAUCUUAGUGCUCAGCAUAUAGUGCUUCUCAACAAAUUCAAAAUGUCAGCACCAGACAUUGAGUUUCCUCCCCUCCAUAAAGAGCUCUUCAGUGUGGAGGGACUGGAUUCUUGAUGUUAAACUAGGCUUAAAACUGUGACUAACUAUUGUUGUUGAUGAAUUAAUGAUAUUUGUUAUGGAAUAUGUAUAUCUUGUUUUAUUACUUUUAACUUUUAUCUUUUUAAGACUUUUUUAAUGCAGAUAAUACAAGUUGGUUAAGACAUCUUGUGCAAUACACUUCCUGGUUAAAUAACGUUUUCAUUUCUUAGAAAAUAAUGUUCAUAUAUUAUUUUGUAUUGCAAUAUACAAGCUAGAAAUCACUUUAAAUUCAUCACUAUUGCUAGUUCAGAAAAAUUGCCAUUAGUCUGUAUGAACAUUUGUUAGUUUUUCAAAGUGUGUUUCAGUUUAUAAAUGGAAUUUGGUAACCAUCAAUAUCUUAUAAUGUGUGAAUAAAGUGAACAAUAUCUUGUAUUCUACAUUUAACAAUGUACUGGAACCUUGGUCCUAAAACUUUACUUAGUACUCAAGAGUACAAAAUUUGUGUGAGUACUAUUAUCGUGCUCGAUAUUAUUAUGACCACAAGGCCUGGUCAAUCAAAAUUCAAGAUUAAUAAACCAAAAUGUAUUUGUUCCUUCUUGGCCAAGCUAAUGUACAUUGUAGACAGCAAUAGUUUUAUAUCAUACUAAACUUAUUCAAAAUGGUUGACAAUCAUUGUUCAAUAAACUAUUUUUCAUAUUAAAUUUAAAGAUGGGGAAAUAAUUUGUUAUAGAAUGAAUAUCCCAAUAACUUUUACAUUAUUCCAAAUAGAGUAAUAGUUUGAGGGUAAUUCUGUACAGUGAAGUUUACAAAGAAAUAAACUUGCUCAUCAUUUCAUUACACUGUAAUUUAUAAACAUAACUGUAAAAAAAAUAUUAUACUAAAUUUGAAUCCUGAAUUUGAAUACAACUUUAAUAUACAAAGCCAAAGAAAGAAAUUUGCAUAUGUUACUGUUUGACAUACUAACCUAUAUAGAUUUUGUGCCAAGUUAGUUGAAAUCGUUCAGAAAAAUAUCAAAGUAAAAGAUUUGUUUUCUAUCUUGAAAACUUAAAACGAUGGCUCUCCAAAAACACGAAAAUUUAACAUCUUGCACAAUAAUCUGAUUCUUGAUCCAGAGGUCACAAAUAUGCUGGAUAUUUCUUGGUCAAGUUUCCUCUUUAGUUCAAUUUAGCCCUUAAACCUCAAUCUUUACACAAGAAUCAAAAUUGUCAUUAUUUGUUUGUUGAUACCUCUAAUUACUCAGGAAAAUCAAUAUCAGCCUUACCAACAACUGUACAGAAUCUUUGUAUUCCACUCUUGUAAAUACCAUCACAUCAUCCAAUUAUCAGGUCUUCUCUUAUAGUCAUUUUCCUCCAUUGAAAGGUGCACUUCUUUUGGAAUUUAUUUUCCUCCAUUGAAAGGUGCACCUCUUAUUGAAGUUAUUUUCCUCCAUUGAAAGGUGCACCUCUUAUUGAAGUUAUUUUCCUCCAUUGAGAGGUGCACUUCUUUUUUAAGGAGUGACCUUUGAUAUCAUUUGAAGUAUGGUUUAUUUCAACUGUAUUUAAUUGAGGGAUUGGUUAAGUGUUUGAAUAUAUUUUGUCAUUUUUCACAGCAAACAGUUACAUGUACACCAAAUCUUAAAAAAUGUUAAGGUUGACAUUUGUGUGCAUGCCUUUAAAAUAAAAGGUAUCUUCAAUUAAAAGGGGCUUUGUGCUUCUUAAACUGAUUGGAUUCAUCCUAAUUUAUGAAACUUUUCUAAUUAAAAAAGAAAUAUUCAAUUUGCAGGAAUGGUAAAUAAAAGGAUAAUUAAUUACCAUCUAUUUAUUUCUGUGGAAGUUUUAAAUUCCAGCACACAAAUGUAGAAAAUUAUCUGGCAAUUAAAUUUAUUGGUAAUCAGUGUAUGAUAUGAUCCAAUUAAUUUUAACACUUUUUUCCAAGAGUUAUGUCCCUUAAUAUUGAAAAAACAUUGGUGGUUUCUGUUCAAGGUCAUUAUGGUAUGCUUUAAAAUCAAUCUAAAUUUUAUACAUUUAACCCAAGUCUAGUUUAAUACAUUCAUAGUAUUCAUUUGGGGAAGGGGUGGGGUUAGCAUAGUCCAGUCAUUCUUUUAAAUCAUUUAUUAGUAAAACAUAUAUAUUGAAACCUAAUUGAAAUAAUGAUAUGUGAUUUGAAAGAUGAUCUCACUGUUUUAUCCUUUGUAAGUACAGGACCUGUUCUUCAUAAUUAUUUGAAGUAUAAGAUCUGGUAUCGAUUACAGUGAUGAAAACUGUAGAUUGGUUGUAUUACUGCUUUUAUGAAUACAGAUCCUGUAUAUGUAUGUUUUCUAAUCUUGAGAGCCAGUAAUUCAUAAUUUGUUUUUCAUAAUGAAAAUCUACUUGUAUAUAAAAAUGCUUUCUUGUAGAAGCUUUGCAAUUCAUGUCUUACCAACUGUUGUGAUUAGAUCACCUUCUGUAGAUAAAAUAAGCAUUGGUUUCUUUGAUGACUUAUUGUUGUAAAUGAACUUUUGAAUUUGCAAAAUUAUUAUUUUAAGCAAACAUGCAUGUUUCUGAAAGUAGCAAAAUUUUGACUGAGGGCAUUAUUGGAUGUGUUCGUCUUUAAAUCAUGUCACUUCCUGUUUAUUUGUACAUUUCAUUUAUAUUUUACUAACUAGGCAUGGUAUUUUUCAUGUGGGGCUAUACUUUUGCAGGAAGUCACAUGCAACUUCUUUUUGUAAUCACUUUGUCCUGUUGCUCUAUAAAAUAAACAUUAUAAAUGUAACAGUUGACUGCAUAGUAAGUCAACAUAAUAACCUUGAGAUAUGCAAAAAUGGAUGACCUUAUUUCAGUCUUGUAUCAAUUUGUUAAAUCCUGACUAAUCAAAGCAGACCAAACAAAAAGUAAGUGUGUUUAAGAAAAUAGGUGAAAGAGGAAGGAUACUUUUUAUUUUGCUCAAUUUUUUUUUUUGUUUUUUUUUUUUGUGUGUUUUGGGAGACCUCUUAUUCGACUCUAUUCACUUCCAAAGGUGCCAAUUAACUCUUUCAGGGUAGGGAAACUGGAAACACAAGAAUAUUUUAUUUUUGGCUUAAAAUGUCGCAUAACAUUUAGACACAAAAUUAUAUUAAGACAUACUUCUCUAAAUCUUAAUAGCCAGAUUUCUACUUUCCCAGACUGGUUGACUAUAGACGGAAUAUCAUGUUGACAAUAUUUCUCCUUUCAACAGUAAAAUAUUAAAUUUUAUGAAUUUUUGCUGUAAGCUUUGUGUUUUAAAUUUGAAAAUUUGAAAAUUCUAUUUUGACUUGAGAAUAUUUGAUUGCCAUUGAUGCAGAAUCAGACUAAAAUUAAACUUGACUUUGACUGAAUUUAUUAUAUACCUCAAUUAAAAGUAAUCCCAAAGACUGUGAUGUAACCUAAUCCCAAGAUCAGAAAUUUGAAUAUAAUGACACUGAAUUGCACAUAACAUUAACUGAUCCCCUAAAACUACUUGAAUCCAAACUGAUCCCAAAGCUUACAUCAUGCUGACUUAAUCUUAGAAUCUAACCCCACCUACAAUAGUAGGGUGACAAUCUGUCCAUUCAUCUGUCUUGUAUUAGGUUAAAUUUUGGUUUAUGGUAAUUUACCAUGAAGUGUUUGUCAAAUGAACAAACAUGUAGUAAACACGUUCAUUGUGAUGUUAAAUAUAUGGCAAGUUAAGAUUUUGAUCCAGAUUUCGUGGUUCACUGAAUAUGGUAAUGUGAUAUUGUGAGCAGUGCAUGGUGACCUAUGGACACAUAUAUUCUUGUUCUUGCCUGAAACUUUGGUGUUUUCUGAUCCCUAAAACUUACUGAAAUAAACAAUAAGUGAUAAGUUAAUCUGUUGUAAUUAUUAUAUUGAGAGAAACACCUUGAUUAUUCACUAUUUUGCUUUGUCGAUUGAAUACUUUAAAUUCAGAAAAAUAACUGUGCAUUUAUUAUUGGAAUUAUUGAACUAUGAACAUAAAUGAUAGAUAAAUUAUUGUUAUUUCAUCAAGUGUUGCAUGCCAAUGAUGCUUUCAAAAUUUUGAAGAUGCGAGUUUUAUUUUAGCAAAAUCUAUCCUGUAGCAAAAAGUAAAAUAACAAAAAUAUCGAAUUCCGACUCCAAGGAAAAUUCAAAUUGGAAAGUCUCUUAUCAAAUGGCAAAAUCAAAAGCUCAAACACAUCAAAUGAAUGGAAAACAACUGUCAUAUUCCAUUGUAGCAAUUUCACAGUAAUAAAAACAUCACAAAAAUUUCUGAAUAUAAGGUAGUAGAAAAUAAUUGAACACAACCUCUGUAUUUUUCAACACUUAUCUUUAUGCUUUGCUUAACUCCGAUGAAAAAUGCAUGGAUUUAUUUUUAAUACCUGGUUUUAAUGAUGAAAAUGUUUUAAGGUUUUUGUAGAUAUUGAUAACAGGCUACCAUAGCCUAACAUUAGCAACAGAGUUUUACCAGAUAUAUUAUAUCUAUAGAGUAGUAUCUUGUUAAGUUUUAACAUCUUUGUUAUAUUUUGUUUGUUUAAUACAGAUUUUACUUGUAAAUAUGUCUGCUAUCAGCAUUUAUUUGUUAAGUUGUCUUUAGUUUUGUCUUAUGUGUCGGUCAUUGAAAUUUGAGGUCCCUCAUGGGCUUAUUACCAACCUGAUUUCCAGUGGAAAAUUUAUAUUGAAUCAUUAUUUGUUUACCAAUCACAAAAAUAAGAGCUCAAGUAUAGACCAUUAUUUGGACAAUGUAUGUGUGCCACUUGUUAUUUACACCUAAUUAUUACCCCCUUCUCCUUAAGAAAUAAGAACAUGUAAUCAUUUCAGAAACAUUGCUCAGAACAACAUUUUAAUUAUCAUUUUUAUCCCAGGAAAUAAAAACUGACUAAGUUAUUAUCAAAUUAUCCUUAUUGAGGGACCUCAUCUCUUUGUUGUUACUGACUAGGAAAAGUACAAAUAUCCUUAAAUGCCAGUUUCUGUAAAUAUGGGUAAUUCAUUACAUUGUCUGGUGGUUCCUUUGUCAAUUUUUCAUGUACAUUGUACCAUUAUGUUUAAUCUUCACAAAUUGUUAGCAGUCAGAUGACACUACUCAUUUUGACUUUUGAUAAUUGCAGUCUGUGUUUUGCUUUAAUUUUUCUGAAUUUCUCUCAUCAUUUGAGCAAGUGUUGUCUGUAUAGAAAAUAUGAUUAUUGUCAGAAACUUUGAUUGCAGAUCCAUUCUUCCCCACCCACCCUUUUAAGCUUGGUGAUUAAUUUCCUUUACUUCCCUGCUAUGCUUGCUGCUAAAAAAGUAGAUUUUUGUGUUAUAGAUGUACAGCAGGAUAUGUACAUGGUACCUUAUACAUCUUAUUUUAAAGUGUGUUAAUUUAAUCUGUCUUUCUUAUUUUCAUUACCUGUAAAUUUUUAUUUUUUUAGCCUUCUGGAUUGAAUCUUGUGCAAGAGUUGCAGUUUUCAGGUGCUGAUCACUUUAGAUGAGUUAAAUUUUUUCCGAGAAAAGAAUACAUAUUUUGUAUUUUAAAUCUUUAUUUUCACCUGUCAAGUUCUUUUAAAAAUAUGAUAGGAAAUGUUAAAGAAAAAACAUUUUUGUAUUGCAAAUCUUCUAUUUCAUUUCCCAAGUUAUUUUAAAUAUGACAGAGGAAAUGAAUCAAAGUUUAAAGCUUUAUGAAAUACACUGCUAGUCAUGUCACAUGUUAACAGUUUGUCCAAUCACAGCAAAGCUGUUGGUUAAUCUACUAGGUACAUACACCCUUCUUUUAGAGAGAAAGGCUAGAUAUAAAAGAUAUUAGAAUUUUAAUGAAAUAGAUUUUUAUUGUUGAUUUAUAAAUAAAUGAAUCAGGUGUUACUUGUUAAGUAUUUGUUGUGAAUAUCCUUCAUUUUAUAGAAUACCAUGCAUGAAAUGGUGUGAAUUUGUAUGGUAUUUUUCAUGUUGAGAACAAGUGUAAACAGUUCAUCUUAAAACAUGGAAUUAUUCAUUUUUAAUCACUAUGAAAAAUUUGUAUAGAUCACAAAAAUAAUAAAAUACUAUUUUUAUAUACACUUA